CUGACUGACUGACUGACUGACUGACUGACUGACUGACUGUUAUGUUAUGUAAUUAACUCUAAAUCUGUCUCACUAAAGUAAUACCUGAAACAAUAUAAUAACAAAUCGAGAUGAUCACAGCAAUGUAGACUUUCUCCUUGAAAUAUAUCAAUUCAACAAAUUAAUCGACCGUUGGUUGUUUGUUGUAAUUAUAUAUAUUUUGAUAUUGACUAAAGUUUUUGAUCCCACUUCAAUUUUCAAAACCUUUAGCGUGUCCAAUUCACAAUUUUUUUUGGUUUCCCAACGCGUUACAGAAAAAAAAAAAACAAGAAAAACUUUAAAUUGUUACUCUUAAAGAGUGUAUGGUUGAGAGAUUGCUGGAUUAGGAAGUCAACAUUUUUAUAGUACAAAAAUAAAUCUGAAAAAAAAAAAUUUGAAUGAAUUGAAAAAAAAUCUACUGACUGAACAAGAACACUUCAAAGGCCUACUUAUAGCACAACAUUAUUGGAUAUAUUGAAGAUGGCAAAGGCUAAGGCAACACAUACCAUGGUGAAGGUUAUUUCAGCUGCCAAAACUGGUUAUGAAAAAUGGUUUAAUAUUCCAAGACAUACUCCAAGAUUGAGUUUAAUACUUUAUGAUCCAAGGGCAAAGAGACAUUGCCUUUUCACAGAAGAUAAGAAAAGAAGAAUAGCUGAAAGAACUAAACAAGAUUUUAGCAGAAGUCAUAGGUAGGUGGUAUAGACAUGGAGCGAUUUGAUACGCCUUUUAUCACCACCACCACCACUACCACCAAAUAUUCCUUGUACAUACAUAUAGACUUUUAUACAUAGCAUAUCUUAUAUCAUAAAUUUAACGAUUUUUAAUGUCAUUUCAAAA